AUGGAGGAGGAAUUGAUGCAGCUGGAAGUGAAAUAUCCAAACAAUGCUAGAGGCAUAGCGAAAUUCAAUGUUCCAUUGGCACAUAUGCUGUUUGCUGGCGCGGACUUCAUUAUUGUCCCAACACUUGUUGACACGGUUAAGGAGGGUGUCACCGGAUUCCACAUGGGUUCUUUCAGUGUCGAGUGUGAAACUGUAGAUCCAGCUGAUGCCACAGCAGUAGCGUCAACUGUCAGGCGAGCCCUGAAACAGUACGACACCCCGGCAUUACAUGAGAUGGUUCAGAACUGCAUGACCCAAGACCUGUCCUGGAAACUACUCGUCAAGAUAAGGAUAACCCUUGUAUAUCUGGGUCCAGGGGCUGCAAAGAAGUGGGAGGAGGUGCUUCUUGGCCUUGGAGUCGAGGGAAGUCAGGCUGGCAUUGAUGGAGAGGAGUCACUUGCCAUGGAAAAUGUAGCUACUCCCUGA